ACCAUCUUGUUCUAUCGUACCUCGCCUGGUCCCUCUGUGUGCUGGUCAGCUGUGCACGUCCGCUGACCAAAGGUCGCUACUAUAUGGCGAUAUACCACGAGUCGAACGUUCGAGAGGAGAGGGUGCCAGUUUUUAGAGAUGAGGGAGUCGAUUACAAGACGAGGUACGGCUGCAAGGUGCUACAGACAUUGGUCCGAGAUUCUGUGGUCACCCCCAUCUCGUCGGUCCUGAGGAGGGUCCGGCUGGUCCGUGACGGUCGGGCCGUGGCUGACGUCAUCCAGGCCUUCAGCCACGUCUCCCAGCUCACGCCCGGCAGCGGCGUCCUGCAGCCGCGUCGUGACGUCACACACGGACGUGAUGACGUCAGGGACACGCCGAGUGACGUCACGCAUAGCCAGGGUAAUGUGACGGUUAAGAAAGGUGACGAAACACAAAGGAUAAGAAACUUUACAGAGGCGAAGAUUUCACGCGAUAACGUCACUGUUGCGCCGGAUGACGUCACGCAGGAUAAUGUCACAGCCGCGCACGGUGACGUCAGUGACGAUGGUAUCACAGACACACAGGAUGGCGUCAUAGACCAACAAGAUGGCACGCAAGAUGAGGGGGCGGAGUUAAGUAGCAAAACAUCGCCCGACUCUCACAUCACAAGCGCGGUCAAGAGGCAACACUGCACAUUGUCUAAGCUGGAUGCUAUCAACAUCAUUAAAACGUAUGAAGAUGGUAAUUUUGAGAUCGUUGACGAAAACGACGUCAGCAACGGCCGUGAUUUGAAUGCUGUCCAGUAUCAUUUAUUCAAGUACACGACAAGUGGAUUCCUUAAAAUGAUCUACACCAUCAACAGGUGUACUCGGGCAGUGACCGUAAACAGCACAAAAACCGACCUAGGGACACCUUGCAGAAGUCGGGCGAAGGGUGUCGGCGGAAGCUACUACAAUGGCCCCAUUUUUUUUGGACGGAAGCCAUUUUGUCUGAUGACGUCAUUUACAGCAGACCGCAAGAAAUGCAUCCUGAGCAACAAGUACGUGGAGGCUGCUGACAUCCGGAACAUUGAAAACUGGGAUACAAUCAAGAGCGCGAAACCUUUGACCUUUGACUGUGAGAAGAUGUACUUUGACCGGACCAAUGGCGCCGUGUCACCGUUGAUGGACGGCUUCUUUUACGUCACUCAGGGCCAGAGAAUGCUGGAGUUCUGGUACAACUACACCAAACUUCGCAAUCCGCCGGUCAAGGUUGGCGUCCACUACGGCGUGGCUCUGGCCAACUCCUACAUGAAGGAAGACCUUCUGUUGUUCGGAGACGGAGACUUUAAAGACACGUCCUACGCCACUGCACCGGAUAUGGUAGCUCACGAGUUGGCUCAUAUGAUCAUGCAAAAAGAUUCAGAUAUUAAUCAACGUAACAGCACGGGGCCAAUCGCAGGCAUACGAGAAGCGUUUGCGGAUAUUUUCGCUAAAACGGUGGAGUUCUAUAUUUUCGGGAUGUUCGAGUGGACCCUGGCCUCCUGGCUACACGAGGAUGGCCAGCCCAUCCGGUCUCUGGAACUUCCGCCCAUGCUGACCGUCGACGACUUAGUGCACAGCGAUUCGGAACAUUACAGCGGGGGCGUGUUCGCCCGAGUCUUCUAUCGUAUGGCUAAAAUGUUCGGGAUCAGGGCGACAACCGAAUGUUUAUUGUAUGCCAACACUUUCUACUGGUACGGUGUCAACGACACGUACGAGAGCAUAUCGUGUACCAUCCUUCAAGCUGCUUAUUUCGUCGGUCUUAACAUGUAUGAAAUCAACAACUAUAACAAGAUCGUCAAGAUAGACAUCACAAAGGCCUGUAACAUGGAAAACUUCAAGAUAAGUGACUUGCUUGUAGGAACUAAUGUCAGCAUCAUCGUUUCCAGUCGCCGGCGGCCAUUUUUCAGGAUCUUCUCACCAGACAUGUCGGCAUUGCGCGUGAAAACAACCCCGAAAUCGGUGAGAAUCAAAGUGACACGUGACCGUCAAGGGAAAUUGGCUCUAAUCUCAGUGGGAUUAGGAAAACUCACCCUCAUCAAGAGCCUGUGGUAUGAUCAAGGUAACGUCUACAUCCAUUUUUACACUGGGCUGUUGUCGGAAACUCGAGCUCAGAUCACCACGGAAUUCGCGUGAUACAAAAAAAGUCGUCGGAAAUUUUUGGGAAAAGUUUUUAUUUUCAAA